AUGAACAGAGAGGGAGGAGAGAAGAGGAGCAGGAAUAAAGAGAGACAACAGAGAGGAACGAUCACAGAGCUUACAGGUUAGGAUGUUGUUCAUCACAGUUGUAAAAUCAAACCCUCCUGUCUGUUUUAAUCCAUUAUUGGUUGAUUCAUUCAUCUCUGCACCAGCAGCAGUAUCUUAGAUGGCUAACAUCUUGUGACUGUUUAUUGAUAUGGGCAUUUCCAUGCCCCAUGAGCUCUAACAUGUAAAGUUCAUAAUGGGGAGCACGUCAAAAGCUAAUAGUCAAUAUUUUUGAGAGGUUAAGGCAUAUAUACAUUUUUCUACCAUUUUCCAUCCUAAAAAUUGAAUAAGCAAAGGAUGUGAUGUCUGGUCAAACAGAUGGAAAACGGGUCAUAGAAAACAUCUAGUAGAAAAAGUCUGAAAAGGUAUCAGAAUACAUAAAAACCCAAUAAUGUUGAAGUGAAUGCCCCUGCCGACUAAUAUCAGUAUUUAUACACUGUAUUUAGUUUGGCAGAAAUUAUUUGCCUUCUGUACGUUUAAGCAAUAUUGCCUAGUGUCUUGUCAUUCUGUUACCAAAAUUCCACAUAUCUUUAAGAUAUUUUCUAAUUUCUCUCCUCAUGAGGAAGGAGGAUGAGGAUGACAAUGACAGAAGUAACAAGUAAAGGUACAUAACAAUUUGGUUUAUGAUUUAUGAAGUGAUUAAACCGUGUCAUUCCGUUACCAAAUCGGUAACUAAAAAUAUAUGUAAUAAAAGGACUGCAAUUGAAUUGGCCACAAUCGGAAAUCAUAGUAGUCACAAACCACAGUUGGGUCACCUGCUACUGUCCUCCCUUCCACUGGCAUACUGUUAUAUACAGCUCAUUACAGUUUUCUUUCUCUUUCUGUCGUGUGGUGUUCAAAGCAAGAGUUUGAAAAUAGUCUGGACAACCCCUGCUCCCUCUAUUUACUGUAACCAUCCCCCUCACCCACUGAGCACCGACCCACACUGGACGUCCAUGGACGUUGAAAAGUAGUUGAAAUUUGGUCAGUCCAAAUCCGAACCAAUCAUAGACAUCUGUUUCACAAGUUUGGACGGUACAGCACAGUCGAGCACAGUACAGUAAAGAAAAGUAGAGUAGAGUAGAGUAGAGUAUGGGUUGGUAAACACAGUACAGUACAAUACUGUACUGUACAGUAGAGUAGAGUUGAGUAAAAUACAGUAGAGCACACUGGAGUACAGUAUAAUUUACUGUAUUGUACUGUUCUGUAAUUUAAUGAACUAUACUGUACUGAACUCUACUGUACUAUACUGUGCUGUGCUGUACUGUACUGUACAGAACUCUACUUUGGGCCAGUAACCGAAAGGUUGCUUGUUUGAAUCCCCGAGCCAACAAGGUGAAAAAUCUGUCGAUGUGCCCUUGAGCAAGGCACUAAACAACAAUUGCUCCAGGGUCGUUGUUGAUAAUGGCAGACCCUGUCCGUGACCCCACUCUCCGAGGGUGUCUCAAAUAUGCAAGAAAACUCAUUUCCAAUUCUAUUCUACUCUACUGUGCUGUACUGUGCUUUACUGCUGGACUGUGAUGUCCACAGUUGGGAAACAUAGACCUCUAUGAUUGGUAGAGAUUUGGCCUCGUUUGGGGGCAGAGCUCAUUAGAAUAAUAGUCAGUGUGUAGAAUAAUACCCAGACAUGCAAAGGAGGAUAUUAAUAAAGACAGUACAUUAUGAAGAUAGGCCAAAACUGCUUCUCCAAUAAAAAUCCCAGAUUACGCUUGUAGGCGAUGCCAUGGCGACAUUGGCUAGCUAAACUCAUGCACUGAAACGUCAGGUCUAACGGUCGUCUCGCUCCGAACGACACACGUGCUGGCCGUCAAAUCAAAGGCACUAAUCUCAUUGACUUCUCAAAUCCCAAACUCCGGCCUGGUCUGCUUGGUCUGUUUCGCAAGCAUUCCCACCGGAAGUCUUGUGAUGUUACUCCUGUGAUGUAUACAUGUUUCUACCUUUGUGUACCUAUUCAGGAUAUGUCACCAUGAAGAGAAUAACUUUCAUAACUAUGGAUUUCUGUACAAAUCAGGGACCCAUGAUUUCAAUAUGUUGCCAUCAUUCUGUUACCGGGUGUUAAUCCACUUCCCUUACUAUAUAUAGUUCAAUAACCAAAAUAUAUUUUUUCAAACUCAAAGUGUCAUAUCAUAGCUGACACCCCAUUCUUUCUGCAAACAUCGUCGAAUUGUAAUUAAGAGUGGAUAUUUAACAGAGUUUUUGGAAAACUUUGUCACAUAAAAACCUGAGGAAGAUUUUACCAUCAUUCUCUUACCAAAUGUACAUCUGCACUGUUCUUUGAGUAAAUGUGUUUUUGUCAAAUUUUCUGUGGAAAUUGUUAAAAGUAGCCCUUGUGCAUAAAGUUGUAUAGCUUGUUUAACUUUGCAAUGAAUGGUUUUUGUUUGGCAUAUACUUUACAAUCGGAGUCUCAGCAUCAUUCUCUUACCUUGGAAUUGGCCGUAUGGAAACAUCUGGAACUAUCUAUCUGUGGGGUGAUAUUCACCAGAGUAAUACAAUACAAUACAAUACAUUGCAAUACAAUACAACAAAACACAACACAUGAAUACCUCAGUGGGCAAUUUAUAAGCAUUGUGGUGCAUAAUAUCAUAUUACAUAGACACAACAUACCGUUUUACAGUACCAGUCAAAAGUUUGGACACACCUACUCAUUUCAGGGUUUUCUUUAUUUUUUACUACUUUCUACAUCGUAGAAUAAUAGUGAAGACAUCAACACUAUGAAAUAACACAUAUGGAAUCAUGUAGUAACCAAAAAAGUGUUAAAUAAAUCAAAAUAUACUUAAUAUUUGAGAUUCUUCAAAGUAGCCACCCUUUGCCUUGAUGACAGCUUUGCACACUCUUGGCAUUCUCUCAACAAGCUUCAUGAGGUAGUCACCUGGAAUGCAUUUCAAUUAACAGGUGUGCCUUGUUAAAAGUUAAUGUGUGGAAAUUCUUCCCUUCUUAAUGCAUUUGAGCCAAUCAGUUGUGUUGUGACAAGGUAGGGGUGGUAUACAGAAGAUAGCCCUAUUUGGUAAAAGACCAAGUCCAUAUUAUGGCAAAAACAGCUGAAAUAAGCAAAGCGAAAUGACAGUCCAUCAUUACCUUAAGACAUGAAGAUCAGUCAAUAUGGAACAUUUCAAGAACAUUGAAGUUUCUUCAAGUGCAGUUGCAAAAACCAUCAAGCGCUAUGAUGAAACUGGCUCUCAUGAGGACCGCCACAGGAAAGGAAGACCCAGCAUUACCUCUGCUGCAGAGGAUAAGUAAAUUAGAGUUAACUGCACCUCAGAUUGCAGCCCAAAUAAAUGCUUCACAGAGUUCAAGUAACAGAUACAUCUCAACAUCAACUGUUCAGAGGAGACUGCGUGAAUCAGGCCUUCAUGCUCAAAUUGCUGCAAAGAAACCACUACUAAAGGACACCAAUAAUAAGAAGAGACUUGCUUGGGCCAAGAGCAAUGGACAUUAGACCGGUGGAAAUCUGUCUGGUCUGAUUAGUCCAAAUUUGAGAUUCUUGGUUCCAAUUGCCGUGUCUUUGUGAGACGCAGAGUAGGUGAACGGAUGAUCUCCGCAUGUGUUGUUCCCACCGUGAAGCAUGGAGGAGGAGUGAUGGUGUGGGGGUGCUUUGCUAGUGACAGUCAGUGAUUUACAGUCGUAUGAAAAAGUUUGGGCACCCCUGACAAUUUCCAUGAUUUCCAUUUAUAAAUAAUUGGGUGUUUGGAUCAGCAAUUUGAUUUUGAUCUAUCAAAUAACUGAUGGACACAGUAAUAUUUCAGUAGUGAAAUUAGGUUUAUUGGAUUAACAGAACAUUUGCAAUAUGCAUCGAAACGAAAUUAGACAGGUGCAUAAAUUUGGGCACCCCAACAGAAAAAUCACAUCAAUAUUUAGUAGAGCCUCCUUUUGCUAAAAUAACAGCCUCUAGACGCUUCCUAUAGCCUCUAAUGAGUGUCUGGAUGAAGGUAUUUUGGACCAUUCCUCCUUACGAAACAUCUCCAGUUCAGUUAGGUUUGAUGGUUGCCGAGCAUGGACAGCCCGCUUCAAAUCAUCCCACAGAUUCUCAAUGAUAUUCAGGUCUGGGGACUGGGAUGGCCAUUCCAGAACAUUGUACUUGUUCCUCUGCAUAAAUGCCCGGGUAGAUUUUGAGCAGUGUUUUGGGUCGUUGUCUUGUUGAAAUAUCCAGCCACGGCGUAAUUUCAACUUUGUGACUGAUUCUUCAACAUUAUUCUCAAGAAUCUGCUGAUAUUGAGUGGAAUCCAUGCGACCCUCAACUUUAACAAGAUUCCCAGUAUCGGCACUGGCCACACAGCCCCACAGCAUGAUGGAACCCCCACCAAAUUUUACUGUGGGUAGCAAGUGUUUUUCUUGGAACGCUGUGUUCUUUUGCCGCCAUGCAUAACGCCUCUUGUUAUGACCAAAUAACUCAAUAUUUGUUUCAUCAGUCCACAGCACCUUAUUCCAAAAUGAAGCUGGCUUGUCCAAAUGUGCGUUUGCAUACCUCAAGCGACUCUGUUUGUGGCAUGUGUGCAGAAAAGGCUUCUUCCGCAUCACUCUCCCGUACAGCUUCUCCUUGUGCAAAGUGCGCUGAAUUGUUGAACGAUGCACAGUGACACCAUCUGCAGCAAGAUGAUGUUGUAGGUCUUUGGAGGUGGUCUGUGGGCUGUUUUUGACCGUUCUCACCAUGCCUCUCCGAUAUUGUCACGCCCUGGCUCUGGGGACUCUUAAAUGUUGAGCCAGGGUGUGGAUUUUCUAUGUUUAGUUUUCUAUGUUUUUUGUUCUAGAUCGUUUAGUUCUAUGUUGGCCAGGGUGGUUCCCAAUCAGAGGCAGCUGUAGCUCGUUGUCUCUGAUUGGGGACCAUACUUAGGCAGCCUGUUGGCACCAGUUAGUUUGUGGGAUCUUGUUCCGUAAAGGUUUGUGUUGUGUAACCUCAGGACUUCACGUAUCGUUUUGUUUGUGUGUUGUGUACGAAAUAAAAUGUACGCUUAUCACGCUGCGCCUUGGUCCGUCUCUUCCUGUAACGAUCGUGACAGAUAUCUUACUUGGCCUGCCACUUCUGGCCUUAACUGUGCCUGUGGUCUUCCAUUUCCUCACUAUGUUCCUCACAGUGGACACGGACAGCUUACAUCUCUGCGAUAGCUUUUUGUAGCCUUCCCCUAAACCAUAAUGUUGAACAAUCUUUGUUUUCAGGUCAUUUGAGAGUUGUUUUGAGGCCCCCAUGUUGCCACUCUUCAGAGGAGAGUCAAAGAGAACAACAACUUGCAAUUGGCCACCUUAAAUACCUUUUCUUAUGAUUGGAUGCACUUGUCUAUGAAGUUCAAGGCUUAAUGAGCUCACCAAACCAAUUGUGUGUUCCAAUUAAUCAGUGCUAAGUAGUUACAGGUAUUCAAAUCAACAGAAUGACAAGGGUGCCCAAAUUCUUGCAUAGCCUAUUUUUCACAUCUGAUUUAAUUUCAUACAACUUAAUAUUGCUACACAAAAAAUAUUUGUCUGGACAAUACCCCAGUACUCAGCUUUUAUUAGAAAAUGAAUGGCAUGCCACUGUGAUCAUUUUCUGUGACGACAGAGUAAAUUAUUAUGCAGCCUCAGAGGGUGCCCAAACUUUUUCAUACGACUGUAUGUAGAAUUCAAGGCACACUUAACUAGCAUGGCUACCACAGCAUUCUGCAGCAAUACGCCAUCCCAUCUGGUUUGCGCUUAGUGGGACUAUAAUUUGUUUUUCAACAGGACAAUGACCCAACACACCUCAAGCCUGUGUAAGGGCUAUUUCACCAAGAAGGAGAGUGAUGGAGUGUUGCAUCAGAUGACCUGGCCUCCACAAUCACCUGACCUCAACCCUAUUGAGAUGGUUUGGGAUGAGUUGGACUGCAGAGUUAAGGAAAAGCAGCCAAUAAGUGCUCAGCAUAUGUGGGAACUCCUUCAAGACUGUUGGAAAAGCAUUCCAGGUGAAGCUGUUUGAGAGAAUGCCAAGAGUGUGCAAAGCUGUCAUCAAGGCAAAAGGUGGCUACUUAGAAGAAUCUCAAAUAUAAAAUAUAUUUUGAUUUGUUUAACAAUAUUUUUGGUUACUACAUGAUUCCAUAUGUGUUAUUUCAUAGUUUUGAUGUCUUCACUAUUAUUCUACGAUGUAGAAAAUAGUAAAAAUAAAGAAAAACCCUUGAAUGAGUAGGUGUCCAAACUUUUGACUGGUACUGUAUAUACUGUACUGUAUGUGGGCCUACAUUCACUCGUUAGACAUUGCUACAGAAUUUAAUCAACUGCACAGAUACAUGAAGUCUGAUACAGUUGUGAAACCGAAAUGAGGGAAGUCAGUCCACGAUGGAGCUGCUAGAAGUGUGGUUCCUGGUCCUCCUGUCUGUCUGUCUGUCUGUCUGUCUGUCUGUCUGUCUGUCUGUCUGUCUGUCUGUCUGUCUGUCUGUCUGUCUGUCUGUCUGUCUGUCUGUCUGUCUGUCUGUCUGUCUGUCUGUCUGUCUGUCUGUCUGUCUGUCUGUCUGUCUGUCUGUCUGUCUGUCUGUCUGUCUGUCUGUCUGUCUGUCUGUCUGUCUGUCUGUCUGUCUGUCUGUCUGUCUGUCUGUCUGUCUGUCUGUCUGUCUGUCUUUUUGUCUGUCUGAGUGGAGUGUGUUAGUGUUUAAUGUGUCACUAUUUCCAGGAAUAGAUCAGACGUUUUAACAGCCACAGAAAAUACGCUUUCUCCCUCUCGUCACUCUCUAUCAUCUUGAUUAUCCUCUUUCAUCCUCUCUUCACACUCUCUCCUCUUGAUUCUCCUCUUUCACCCUCUCUUCACUUCCCCGCCCCCUGCCUCUUCCAGUCAUCUAUAAAUCUAUGUACUUGUUUACAAAGCAGCUUCGUUCAAAACCAUUUGAAACCGUUUCAUUCAGAUGAUCUCUUAUUUUUUUGAUGUAUUUUUUCUCAUCAUGUUUUAAUCUCUCACACCCUUCUCUAUUAAUAUUUUCUUCUCCUACAGCUCAUCUCUUCCCCCUGUUUUAGAUAUUCUUCCUCUAUCAGUGCAAUCAUAUCUCUUUCACUCUCCUCCUUUUUCUAUAUAUUUCUCUCUCUCAUUUUUCCUUCUGUCUUCUGGAAUGUAGCUGUCUCUUUGUAACUGUCUAUUUUGUCUCCUCUGAUCCACUGUCUUCCUAUUCUUUCCCUCUCGUCAUUGCACUCUCUCUCUCCCGCUCUCCUCCCUCCUCCUCAUCCAUUUCCCUCCUUUCCACUCCUUAUCCCCCUCCUUCUCUCUCUCCCUCCCCCUCUCUCAGUCUCUGAGCAGGGUCCCCACCAGCGUAAUCUAUUGAGGGAGCUACUGAGGGACUAUAACCGUAUGGAGAGACCUGUGGCCAACGACUCUCUACCACUCACUGUCCGAUUCUCCUACACUCUCUUACAAGUCAUGGAUGUGGUACGCUCCCAUGUUCUCUUACACACACACACACACACACACACACACACACACACACACACACACACACACACACACACACACACACACACACACACACACACUAAUUUAAUUGUCUUCAUCUUAUUACAGGAUGCGAAAAACCAGAUCCUCACCACUAAUGCCUGGCUUCAGAUGGUGAGCAUGUCUGUGCGUGUCCAUGCAUGUGUGUCCAUGCUUGUGUGUGUGUGUGCACAUGUGUGUUGCUCCUUGUAACCUUAAUAAUUGAUUGACUGAUUGACUGGAUUUAUAUAGCAAUGGUUUGACCACUACCUUCAGUGGAACCAGUCAGAAUACCCAGGAGUGAAAACCCUUCGCUUCACUACUGACCAGGUCUGGAUACCUGAUAUACUACUGUACAACAGGUGGGUCUGACACACACACACACACACACACACACACACACACACACACACACACACACACACACACACACACACACACACACACACACACACACACACACACACACACACACACACACACACACACACACACACACACACACACACACACACACACACCUACACACACACACACCUAUCUCUGUUUUGCCCUUCUCAGUGCCCAUGAUAAGUUUGAUGCCACCUUUAAGACAAAUGUGCUGGUCAACUCCAGUGGCUUCUGUGAGUACCUACCUCCAGGUACGUCUCUCUUUUUAUUCCUCUCUGACCUUCCUCUCUCAUUUUAGGGAUAUUCACUCAUAGUUUCACAUAGACAUACCGGUAAUGCACUUCUCUCUCAAUCUCUCUUUUAUUUUCUUCCCCUCUCCCUUCUCUCUCUCCCUCUCCCCCCAUAUCUCUCACCAUCCCCCACUGUCCCUGUCCAAGGUAUUUUCAGCAGUGCGUGUAAUGUGGACGUGCGUUGGUUUCCCUUUGACAUCCAACGCUGUGAGCUGAAGUUUGGCUCGUGGACGUUUGACGGCUGGCUGCUGGACCUCCAGAUGAAGGAGGCUGACCUGUCAGGAUACAUGUCCAAUGGAGAGUGGGACCUGCUGGGUGAGACAGCUCUGUCUGCCCCCUGACCCAGCUUGUCCCUCCACACUUUACCCUCCCUCUCUUCUUUUCCAUCCCUCUUGUAUCUCUCUCUCCGCCGUCUUAUUUUCUAAUCUCUCACUCCCUCUUUCCUCCUCUCCCCCCUCUUAUAGGUGUACCAGGUGAUCGUCAUGAGAUAUUUUACGAGUGCUGUACAGAGCCCUACUCUGACGUGACCUUUGUUGUGACCCUACGGCGGAGAACUCUGUUCUACGCUCUCAACCUCCUCGUCCCUUGUGUUCUCAUAUCCUCUUUGACACUGCUGUUGUUCAUACUGCCAGCCCGAUCGGGGGAGAAGAUAGGUCUAGGUGAGGAGAGGGGGAGGAGGAGAGGGAGGGAGAGGAGGAGGAGAGGUGAAGGACAGGGGGAGGGAGAGGGUAAAAGGGAGCAGGGAUGGAGACAGGAGAGAUGUUGGAGGUGAAAAGGGGAGGACUGAGGCGCUGGAAAGUGUAAAAUAUCUCUCUCCCUCUCUCUCUCUCCCUCCCUCUCUUUCUCUACUCUCUCUCCUCUCCUCUCUUUUCUCUGUACGUGCCCGCUCUCAUUUACUGAAUCUGUUUCAGUAAUUCUGCAGCGUUCCAAGAAAACCUCUAUUAAAUGUUUACGAUUAGAAAAGACAGAGAGCAGAGGGGAGGAAGAGAGAUGGAAGGAGAGAAGGGGGUGGUGACUGAAGGAGAGGGACAGAGAUUGAGGGAGAGAAGGGGGACGGGGAGGUGAGGUGAGGGACAGAGAUGGAGAGAAGGGUGGUGGGGAGGGACAGAGAUGGAGGGAGAGAAGGAUGGGUGGGGUGAGUUGGCAGAGCGAUGGAGACUUGUUCUACCCACAUGUACUGUUGUAUUUCCCAGCGUAAAUGUAUCCUAUUCCCCAUCUCUCCAGGCAUUACAAUUCUUCUCUCUCUGACUGUCUUCAUGUUGCUGGUGGCUGAGAUUAUGCCCGCUACCUCAGACUGCAUUCCACUGAUAGGUCAGUGACUGUAUGUCUGCGUUUUACUAGCCUGCCAAUACAUAUAUUGUUGCUCUCGCUAAGUCUAGGGGUCUUAAACCUAGUUAACUGGUCUUUAACCUGAUUUAAAGCUAUAGUCAGUGGUGUAAAGUACUUAAGUAAAAAUACUUUAAAGUAAUACUUAAGUAGUUUUUUGGGGUAUCUGUACUUUACUUUACUAUUUAUAUUUUUGCCAACUUUUACUUUUACUUCACUACUUUCCCAAAGAAAAUAAUGUACUUUUUACUCCAUACAUUUUCCCUGACACCCAAAAGUACUCGUUACAUUUUGACAGGAAAAUGGUCUGAUUCACACACUUAUCAAGAGAACAUCUGGCGGACUCACUAAACACAAAUGCUUCAUUUGUAAAUUAUGUCUGAGUGUUGGAGUGUGCCCCUGGCGAUCCGUCAAUAAAAAAAACAAGAAUAUUGUCCCCUCUUGUUUGCUUAAAAUAAGAAAUUUGAAAUAGUUUAUACUUUUACUUUUACUUUUGAUACUUACAGUGGCUUGCGAAAGUCUUCACCCGCCUUGGCAUUUUUCCCAUUUUGUUACCUUACAACCUGGAAUUAAAAUGGAUUUUUUUGGGGGGGGUUUGUAUCAUUAGAUUUACACAACAUGCCACCCACUUCGAAGAUGCAAAAUAUAUUUUAUUGUGAAACAAACAAGAAAUAAGACAAAAAAACAGAAAACUUGAGCGUGCAUAACUAUUCCCCCCCCCCCCCAAGUCAAUACUUUGUAGAGCCACCCUUUGCAGCAAUUACAGCUGCAAGUCUCUUGGGGUAUGUCUCUAUAAUAAUUAGCCCACCCAACUACCUCAUCCCCAUAUUGUUAAUUAUUUUGCACAUUUGCACCCCAGUAUCUCUAUUUGCACAUCAUCUCUUGCACAUCUAUCAUUCCAGUGAUACUAAUACUGGGGUGUAAUUAUUUUGCACUAUGGCCUAUUUAUUGCCUUACCUCCAUAACUUGCUACAUUUGCACACAGUGUAUAUAUAUUUUCUGUUGUAUUUUUUGACUUUAUGUUUUGUUUUACCACAUAUGUAACUCUGUGUUGUUGUUUUUAUCGCACUGCUUUGCUUUAUCUUGGCCAGGUCACAGUUGUAAAUGAGAACUUGUUCUCAACUGGCUUACCUGGUUAAAUAAAGGUGAAAAAAUAAUAAUAUUUAAAAUGAAAAAAUAAGCUUGGCACAUCUAGCCACUGGGAUUUUUGCCCAUUCUUCAAGGCAAAACUGCUCCAGCUCCUUCAAGUUGGAUGGGUUCCACUGGUGUACAGCAAUCUUUAAGUCAUACCACAGAUUGUCACGCCCUGACUCAGGGGACUCUUAUAUGUUGAGUCAGGGUGUGAAUAUUCUAUGUUGUGUAUAUCUAUGUGUAUGAUCUAGUAUGUGUAGAUCUAUGUUGGCCGGUGUGGUUCCCAAUCUGAGGCAGCUGUCGCUCGUUGUCUCUGAUUGGGGAUACUUAGGCAGCCUAUUGGCACUCGUUAGUUGUGGGAUCUUGUUCCGUGUUUAGGCUAGUUUUGUGUUCAGCCUUUGGACUUCACGUUUUUUGUUGUUUUGUUUGUGUGUUUAUCGGUAAAUAAACAUGUAUGCAUAUCACGCUGCGCCUUGGUCUGACCCGUCCUUAAACAAACGUGACAGAAGAUCCCACCAAACACGGACCAAGCAGCGUGCCCAGGAGCAGACAGCCUGGACAUGGGAGGAGAUCCUGGACGGAUAGGGAUCCUGGACAUGGGAGGAGAUUCAGGCUGGGAUGGAUCGCCGUCCUUGGGAGGAGACAGUGGAGGCCCGGUAUAGAGAGGAGCAACGGCAACGCAGAAGGCGCCGGCCGAGGAAGAAGCCCGAGAGACAGCCCCAAUAAAACAUUUUUGGGGGGGCUAAAGGGGUGGUCGGGGAGCGAGAGAGAGGAGCCCCGACCACUGCACCCGGUGGGUUUCCAGAUUGAUUCCCUAUGACCAUGGGAAGAAGAGUGGGAACAGUAUUAUACUGAGGAGUCGGAGGAUGACGACGACGAUGAGUUUCUGUUCCCUAACUCGUGGGCGCUCCCGGAGGAGUCCUCACUGGAGGAGGAAUGCCGAGAGAGAGAGAAGGAUCGGAUCUGCAGGGUAAGAGAGGAGGCCACCAUAUUACGGGGGCUGAUAGAUAGAAUAGAGCGGGAAAGAUCCAUUCAAGAGGAGGCACUGCAGGAGGCUCGUAGGGAAAAGGAGGCAGUAGGGGCACGGAGAGAGGAGCUGGUUAGGCAGCAUAAGGAGCGGGGGUUAAUAAAGGAACCUAGGUAUGCGGAGAUACACACUGUAUCGCCAGUGCGCAUGCACAGCCCAGUGCGUUCUGUGCCAGCGCCCCGCACGUGUCGUGCGAAAGUGGGCAGCCAGCCAGGACGGGUUGUGCCAGCUCUCCGCUCCAGACCUCCAGUCCGCCUCCACAGUCCGGCCCGGCCUGUUCCCGCUCUCCACACCAAGCCAGUGGUGAGUGUCGCCAGCCCGGUAUGACCCGUGCCUGCUCCCCGCACCAAGCCAGUGGUGCGUGUUCCCAGUCCGGCCCGGUCCGUUCCUGCUCCUCGCACCAAGACAGUGGUGUGUGUCCCCAGUCCGGCCCGGCCCGUUCCUGCUCCUCGCACCAGACCAGUGGUGUGUGUCCCCAGUCCGGCCCGGUCCGUUCCUGCUCCUCGCAUCGGGGUCUAGUCCAGCUCCGGUCAGCGGCUCCAGUCCAGACCCAGACGUCAUCCCCUCUCCAGGUUCGGGGUCUCCCACACCAGGGUCCAGACAGGGCUUGGAGUAUCGUGGGAGGAAGGAGAGGGGAGGCAGCGCGCUGAGGUCCAGACCAGACUAGGGGCGCAAUAGGGAGGCGGAGAGUAUGUGGUCGUCACGCCUGGAGCCGGAUCCGCCUCCGAGGCGGAAUGCCCACCCGGCCUCUACCCUGUUAUGUAAAGGUUGUGCGGUCGGAGUCCGCACCUUUGGGGCGGGGUACUGUCAAGCCCUGACUCAGGGGACUCUUAUAUGUUGAGUCAGGGUGUGAAUAUUCUAUGUUGUGUAUAUCUAUGUGUAUGAUCUAGUAUGUGUAGAUCUAUGUUGGCCGGUGUGGUUCCCAAUCAGAGGCAGCUGUCACUCGUUGUAUCUGAUUGGGGAUCAUACUUAGGCAGCCUAUUGGCACUCAUUAGUUGUGGGAUCUUGUUCCGUGUUUAGGCUAGUUUUGUGUUCAGCCUUUGGACAUCACGUUUCGUUUGGUUUGUUGUUUUGUUUGUGUGUUUAUUGGUAAAUAAACAUGUAUGCAUAUCACGCUGCGCCUUGGUCUGACCCGUCCUUAAACGAACAUGACACAGAUUCUCAAUUGGAUUGAGGUCCGGGCUUUGACUAGGCCAUUCCAAGACAUUUAAAUGUUUCCCCUUAAACCACUUGAGUGUUGCUUUAGCAGUAUGCUUAGGGUCAUUGACCUGCUGGAAGGUGAACCUCCGUCCCAGUCUCAAAUCUCUGGAAGACUGAAACAGGUUUCCCUCAAGAAUUUCCCUGUAUUUAGCGCCAUCCAUCAUUCCUUCAAUUCUGACCAGUUUCCCAGUCCCUGCCGAUGAAAAACAUCGGGGUGAUGAGAGGUGUUGGAUUUGCGCCAGACAUAGCGUUUUCCUUGAUGCCAAAAAGCUCAAUUUUAGUCUCAUCUGACCGGAGUACCUUCUUCCAUAUGUUUGGGGAGUCUCCCACAUGCCUUUUGGCGAACACCAAACGUGUUUGCUUAUUUUUUCUUAAAGCAAUGGCUUUAAGUGUACGGCUUAAAGUGGUCCUAUGGACAAAUACUCCAAUCUCUAAGCUUUGCAGCUCCUUCAGGGUUAUCUUUGGUCUCUUUGUGGCCUCUCUGAUUAAUGCCCUCCUUGCCUGGUCCGUGAGUUUUGGUGGGCGGCCCUCUCUUGGCAGGUUUGUUGUGGUGCCAUAUUCUUUCAAUUUUUUAAUAAUGGAUUUAAUGGUGCUCCGUGGGAUGUUCAAAGUUUCGGAUAUGUUUUUAUAACCCAACCCUGUACUUCUCAGCAACUUUGUCCCUGACCUGUUUGGAAAGCUCCUUGGUCUUCAUGGUGCCGCUUGCUUGGUGGUGCCCCUUGCUUAGUGGUGUUGCAGACUCUGGGGCCUUUCAGAACAGGUGUAUAUAUACUGAGAUCAUGUGACACUUAGAUUGCACACACGUGGACUUUAUUUAACUAAUUAUGUGACUUCUGACGGUAAUUGGUUGCACCAGAUCUUAUUUAGGGGCUUCAUAGAAAAGGGGGUGACUACAUAUGCACGCACCACUUUUCCGUUAUUUAUGUUUUAGAAUUACUUGAAACAAGUUAUUUUUUUCAUUUCACUUCACAAAUUUGGACUAUUUAGUGUAUGUCUAUUACAUGAAAUCCAAAUAAAAAUCAAUUUAAAUUACAGGUUGUAAUACAACAAAAUAGGAAAAACGCCAAGUGGGAUGAAUGCUUUUGCAAGGCACUGUAAGUACAUUUGAGCAAUUCCAUUUACUUUAAAUACUUAAGUAUAUUUCAAACAAAAUACUGUUAGACUUUUACUCAAGUAGUAUUUUACUGGGUGACUUUCACUUUUACUUGAGUAAUUUUCUAUUAAGUUAUAUUUACUUUUACUCAAUUAUGACAAUUGAGUACUUUUUCCACCACUGGCUAUAAUAUGUAACUUUUUGGGCGACUGGAUAAAAUUCACAUAGAAAUUUGAGUUAUAUAUCUAUAAUUCUCUUUGAAAGCAAGUCUAAGAAGCGGUAGAUCUGUUCUAUGAGCGCUAUUUCUAUGUUUCCUGUUUUUAAGUAUAGUUUCUUUGUAAGUCGCUCUGGAUAAGAGCGUCUGCUAAAUGACGUAAAUGUAAAUGUAAUGUCUUUUACUUUUGGUUUUGUACACCAGCUUCAAACAGCUGAAAAUACAAUAUUUUUUGGUUAUGGAAAAUAGAUGGUUCAAUGAUUCUCUACACUAUACUUACUAGUUUUGUCACAUAAACUGAAAUUAGGCGAGCUAUUAGAAUUUUAGCAACAAGGAAAUGGCGAAGCGAUUUCUGCAUAGUGCACCUUAUGAGGACUGUGUUGUAUGUACAUGUGCCCAGGAGACAACAAACUUACCAGGAUCCAGGACCAGCUCCAUCAUGACCUCUUGGUCAGCCAGUCCAAGCAAAUUAGUAUUUGUUCAAAGUGGUGACCCAAAAUAAUAAAUCUAUACAAAAAUAAAUCUACAGAGGCAUGCCUAAACUAAAGAGGUUAACUAACACAAAACAACACCAAACACUGGCAGGUCGAGAGGCCUCUGGUGACAGAUUGCAAAUUAAAUCUGAUUGCUCGCACUUGUGGACUUAUCCUGGCAGAGCGCAGUCUUGACACUGUUGGUGCUGCCCCCUGGGGACGGAGUGUAGAAGUGGUAGUGUCUAUUCCAUUACAGUGUGUAUAAUACUGUCUCUCCAUCCUAGGUCAGUAUUUUGUGAGCACCAUGGUUACCGUAGGGAUGUCAGUGGUGGCGACUGUAGUUGUACUUCAGUACCAUCACCACGACCCCAACAGUGGAGACAUGCCUCAAUGGGUAAGGCUCUAGGUCUGUCUAUUGAUCCUGAAGUGUGUCUGUGACUGUCUGUGUGUGUUCCUCUCAUAUCUGUGACUGUCUGUGUGUGUUCCUCUCAUAUCUGUGACUGUCUGUGUAUGUUCCUCUCAUAUCUGUGACUGUCUGGACCUUGUGUAUAUCCUGUCCUUUUUUCUCAGAUGCAGUUGGUUCUGCUGCAGUACAUUCCCUGGUUCCUCUUAUCUACUUACUAUGUGUGUGUGUGUGUGUGUGUGUGUGUGUGUGUGUGUGUGUGUGUGUGUGUGUGUGUGUGUGUGUCUAAGCUGUGUGUCCUCUCCCUAUCUCAGUUUUUUCUGCCACAGUGGGUCUCUGGGUCCUCUUGCCUACUCUCUCUGUGUGUGUUUGUCUCUCAGGUUGAGUUGGUUCUACUCCAGUGGGUUCCCUGGUUUCUGAGGAUGAAGCGUCCAGGAGAGUGGGGCGAGCUCACACCCCACCACAGCCCCUCGAACCCCCAGACCAAGACCUGCUCCUCUCCCCCUACCACCACCACCACCACCCCGGUCCCCUCCACCCUCCCCCAGAGCCUCACCUCUCUGCAGGCCAGUCUCAGCCAGCCCCUACCACACCCACUGUCCAAUCCUACACUCCAGUCCUAUCCCAACAAUAAUCCAAACCCCCAGCCUAAUAUCCACCCUAACCCCAAUCUCCCCUCCACCCCCCACCCUCAGCAUAAUCUCCCCUCCACCCCCCACCCUCAGCAUAAUCCCCCCUCCACCCCCCACCCUCAGCCCAAUGGUCACCUGCCCUACAUGGGCUUCCAGAGUCCUCCUGAACCAGACCCUGCUGUCACCUGGAGAGGAGGAAGAGGAGGAGGAAGGGGUUCUGAUACCCCCAUCCUCCACCACCACCCACCCUCCUCCACAAUGUCUGGUAACCCCCCUCCACAAAUAUCUCUGGAUCCUGACCCCUCAGGCUCCAGCUGUGUGGAGGCUGGGGCUGGAGCAGGUACGGGCCAUGCCCAGACCGGGGUGUUUCAGGCUGGGGUAGUGGAGGCCCAGCUCCAGGCCCUGCUGGCGGAGGUGCGGUUCCUGGCCGAUCAUUUCCGUGAGCAGGACCGCAGGGUGAGUGUGGCGGAGAAGUGGCAGUUCGCAGCGGCAGUCAUCGACCGUCUGUGUCUGGUGGGGUUCAGUGUGUUCAACAUCAUCUGUACCAUCGCCAUCCUCAUGGCCGCACCCAACUUUGUGGAGGCCGCCUCCAAGGACUUCUUCUGA